UUUAUCUUACGCACCUCUUACCAGAUCCUCUCCUACGACGAGCCUUCAUCACGGGCGAGUUGUUCCAGGCCCUGGGUCAUUUGCCCUUUUCUCCACUUCUACAAGAUCGUUUCAGAGCUGUCCCUCCCUCAGGAAAAGAGAAUGAAGACUCCACUCCUCCUGACAAUCCUGCUGUCCUUACUAGCAGCAAAAUUAUGCCAUGCUUACUGUAUUGAGUCUCAGGAGCAGCAGAUGCCCAGCGGAAUGCAAACAAAGAAGAGCUCAGACUUCUAUAAGGCUCCUCCAUCUUUGCUCCGGCGAUUGUAUGAUGGCCAAGGGAUUUCCUACGAGGCACUGCUCAGACUGUCAGGCAAAGAGGAAGUCAAUCCUCAGGCACUUGCCUCUUCCCAGAAACGAGACAUGCAUGAUUUCUUUGUUGGGCUCAUGGGGAAAAGGACCACAGAGCCUGAUAAUCCCACAGAUGUCAAUAAGGGAACACUCACUGGUUUUGGUGACCUAAAGUAUUCAUUGAAUGCAGAGUGAGGUAUCCAUGUAGGAGUGUGGACAAUCACAAUGUCUGCAGGACCUCAAGAAACCAACACAAAGCUGAUUUCAUCCGCCAAAGCCCAGCACACUGUCAACCAAACCAGAACCCUUCAAUGUACUAUGGAGACCUCAUAUUGUCCUGCGCCUCCUUGUUGCCAUGUUCUUUUCCUUGAUUCUGCCCUUUAUUCCAGCCUUUUCCUCACUGUAACUCUCUAGUGUUCACUGUUUGGAAAUUUUGAAAGUAACCCUUCCCCAUGGUGCUUUGUCCCUCUGUGUACAUAUUUACCUGAUCUGCAGAAAACUCCUUUGCCACAAGCAAAAUCACCCUCACUGCCCACCCUUUUGUGGCACAGAUUAAGAACACCUCAAAAAAUCUUCUAUAAUUACAGGGUUUUUACUUAUGACCUGCCACUGUGUGUCUCUCAUUUUUGUUUGAUAUUUAAUACAAUUGUGGAGAGGAUUCUGCUGUCACAAAAUGAACCAACACACUUUAAAAUGGUGUAGCUUACUGGCCUACAGCGCAAGUUGUUGAUGAGAGUCUGAGCAUAAUUCAAUCAUGAAAAGCUAUGAUCUGUGCACAUAAAGACCCAGGCUCAAUCCCCAGUACCUCUGAUUGAAAACUAUCUCGGGUGCGGAUGGCUA